CUUUCAUUAAAUGACAUGAUUAAAUGAUAUAUUAAGCAAUGUUAUUUCACAAAGUACUGUGGGGAUUGUAAAAUUGAUGAUAACAUACAACAUCCUAGGUGUAUACAUCACAUUAUUAGACAUGGAUGAAUAGCUGUGGAAAAUAUUAACAAUGUUGAUAUAUUAAUACAAGGUUGCAAUAAACUAUGAAAACCAUUAUAUCUGCGUGAGAAGAUUGUUAUAUCUGGGUUGUGGAAAGGAGAUCUUAGAUGGAAACAAAAUUUUAUGAGAAACAUAAUAUAUCUAUUGUGAUCUACAAAUUACAUGGUCAGUGUCCUUUCAUCAGAUAUCACAAUCAUGAGUGAAUUUACAAAUUUGACAAAUGUUGCAGUUUCAGUGCCGUUAACAGGAGUUUCAACACCAUGGUUUUAUAGCAUACAUAUAGUUGGAAUUAUAUCAUGUUUCAUAAGCGUCUCCAUUGAUGUUGGACUCAUUGCACACCUUGUUGUAAGCUGCAGAAGACAAUACACACCAAUGACAUUUUCUCCAUUGUGCCAUCCGGAGCGUUUGGUGCUUUAUUUCGCAGUGUUGGAUAUCAUAAAAGGAUUGAUUUGAUCGAUUGAUCAUUAUGUGAUUGUUAUAACAUACAGUCACCCUGGUGAUACUUUAUGUAAAUUACUGGGCUUCAUGUAUAACCAGACCUUUAUUGCACAAGCCUUGAUGAUCCUAUCAACAGCUUUGCUAGCAUUAGGAGUCAUCAUGACUGAGCGGAAUUUUCCAUUCGAGUGGAAAUUUCCAUUGCGUUAUGACAUCAUGCUGCUUGUCACUGCCAUGGUAGGGCCAGGAGUUCUAGGAGGGGUGUUGCUUGGUAUAGGAGGCUUAGGACCCUCUGGAGCAUGGUGUUACGUACAGCACAAUAGCAUUGGUUGGAACAAGGUAAUCCCUGGGAUUAUGUUAACAAUCUACAUCUUAUGCUGUCUCCUCUAUGUGGCGACUGUUUCCAAGAUCUGGUACAUAUCAAGAAAUGCAUACAAAUAUACCAACCAGGAAACUGGGGAAUUGGUUACUUUCGUAAAACUCACUUCUAACCUUUUGGUAGUUGAGCUUGCCUAUUUCGGUCAGUGGAUGUUUUAUAUGCUUUUUGAAAUUUGGAAUUUUGUUGAACAGCCUGCCCAUCUUUUGCUUGUAACAAUGAUUGUUUUUAACAAUAUGGGGGGUGGUUUUAACCUAGUGGUACAUAACACAAUGAUCAAAUUAAAACCUGACAGUGGUAAAAGGAGGGAAGGUGGGGAAGAAAGUAAAGCUGCCCAUUCAUGGUCCAGAGGAGAAAGUCAGAUUCACCUUGCAUUAGAUGACUUACUAGAUCAAUGCCAGGAGAGAACAGCAAUUCAAGAAAAUCAAACUAAUUUCUCAAAUAAAAAGCCCAAACCCAAUUUUUCUCAAAGAUCAACAACAAAAUAUGACAGUCAUGCUAAUGUUACUAAAACUGAACACCAUGCUCCUUUGAAAAAAAGGUCAAGCAGAGUGCAUGAAAUCAUAGCUGAGGUAGAUAGUGAAAAUCCUGGAUAUAAUGGAAGUAUGAGUAAAGAAAUAGAUGAACAUGCAAACUUGUUGAAAAGGCUUCAAGAUGAGAAUGGUGAUUUAAAUACAAGGGAAGGCCAUAUCAACACAGCACAUAAUAAUGACAGUGCAACUAACCGAGAUGAAAUUGUAAAAUUAGAAUACAAAAGUGAUAGCAGUAAUUUAGAUGUAAAAAAGCAUGGACAAAAGGAAUCAGAGAUUGAAUGUGCUGAAAUGAACAGCAAUCUUCAAGAUGUUUUUAUUGAAGAUUCCAUUGGACAUCUCAGAAUUGAGGAUACUUAUAUUUGAAGCAAAUAUAAUGUUUUGAUUUAAAUUCAUUGGUAUUAAAAUAUUUGUUGAUUAGAAACCUAUUUAAUAAAAACU